AUGGAUGACGCAGAUAUAACCCUCGAAGACGAGUUUUUUGAUGAUAGUGGCUCUGAGUUUGAUGAUGUUAACUGUAUUGAAAGUGAUGAACCAGUUUAUACCGAUCUUUUACCUGUAGUCGAACACUUUGGUAAUAUUUAUAAUGAAUACUCCGAGAACUUAGUCGUCGUUGAUAAUAAUAUUUCUAAUGAAUAUUUGAAUAUAAGUGUGUUGGAAAAUAACUUAGCCGUAAAUGAAAACGAACACAAUUCGGAAAACGCAGCUAAAUUAUGGGGGUUUGCAGACUCUUUUGAAGAAAUGCCAAAUACUGCAAGUCCUGUUAAUUUAGUAGUAGUUAACAAUCGUAAAAAUCAGAAUAGACCUAAAGUAAGCAGUAGUGUUAGAAAUAAUCGUAUUCGGAAGGGUUUAACAGAAGAAUAUAAAUGGAAAGUAAAAAAUACUAAACCGAAAUCUCAUGUAUUUUCGUCUACACCAAAUAUUUCAACUUCUUUGUAUGCUUAUACAACCAUUCAAAAAUUAAAAAGAGCAAAUAAACUUAAGCUCAAUUCUGUAUGGAAUAAAUGGUUACCCGUAAAAGAGUGUGAAAUAUAUUAUUUUUUUGCAGUAAUUUUGCAUAUGUGUCUUAUACCAAAACCUCAACUUAAGAACUUUUGGUCUCAAAACACCGUAAUACAAAGUUAUUUUGCUCCAAAAGUAAUGCCACGAGACCGUUUUUUAUCAAUAUUAUCCAUGUUGCAUUUAGUUGACAACAAUAAAUAUGUACCAAGGGAAAAUAUAAAUCACGACAGAUUAUUCAAAAUACGUCCAUUUUCCGAUUUUUUGAGUAAGCAAUGUUCAAAAUUUUACAAACCAGCUCAAAAUUUAACAGUAGAUGAGGGGAUCUGUCCAUUUAGAGGAAGAAUUAGUUUUAGAGUUUAUAUGAAAAACAAACCUCAGAAAUAUGGUAUGAAACUGUAUAUAUUAUCUGAUCCUGAAACCGGAUAUACAUUAAAUUUUGAAAUAUACUCGGGUAAAGAACAGCAGGAUAAUUCAAUAUGUGCGUUGUAUGAUAGACUCUUGCGUGAUUAUUAUUAUAAGGGCCACACAAUUUAUAUGGACAGGUUUUAUACGAGUCCUUUAGUUUUAAAACACCUCUGGAAUAAACAAACUAAUGCAGUCGGUACAGUCAUGUCAAAUAGGAAAAAUUUACCAAAAGAUUUAAUUAAACAAAAAUUAUUAAAAGGUGAAAUUACUUUUGCUAGAUGUGGUCCUCAAAUGUUCCUGAAAUGGAAAGAUACAAGAGAUGUAUUAGUUAUGUCGACAGUUCAUAAUGCUGAUUUAGCUCCGGUAACCGUGAGAAGUAAAGUUGGGCCCUUAGAAAAGUUUAAGCCACAAGUGAUUAUUGACUAUAACAAAUAUAAAACAGGUGUCGAUCAUGGCGACCAGAUGAUUGCAUAUUACCCUUUUAAUCGAAAAACAAUGAAAUGGUGGCAAAAAAUGUUUUUCCAUUUAUUUAUGGUCAGUACAGUGAACAGUUUUAUUCUUCACAAAAAAACGAAAAAUGUCAAAAACGAGAAUUUGAGACUCAGAAACUUCAUGAUAAAUUUGGCUUCGCAGUUAGCAAAUCAAUCAGAUUCUUACCCACGAUUUAAUGAAGUUUCAAACUCGGAGAACCGUUUAAAAGGUCGUCAUUUUAUUUCUAAAAUUCCUCCUACUUUGUCAAAAGCACAUCCAAGAAGGUGCACACAGAGUAAUAACAUUGUCGAGGAAGAUUGCUUAGAGUAUGUAUCUGGUUAUGUUGCUCAUCGUUUUGCAAAUGAAUUCCCAUGGUUGGCAAAAGGUACAUGUUCCACAGCAGAUAGUGAAAAUUCUAAAACUUGGACAGAACAGAUCUCUAAAGGAAAUUUAACAAUACCUUCCGAUCAGCUGUUCAAAUCUACAAAAAGAUUGGAAGAUCUGUUUAAUAAAUUUCAUGGGAAUGGUUUAAGCAAAGAACCAAAAAUUAUUAAGACAGUCACUGAGAUGCUACUUAAGAGAGAUGAAAAUCAUGUUGUCAACUUGCCACUUAAGGUUGCAGAAUGUCUU